AGGUACAGGAAUUGAAGAGUAACUGACUCAUAUUUAACCAACUGCCACCAGUCACACAUCAUUUCCCCCAUGGGGUGUGGUUCCUCAACAGCGACAAGGACAGGUUAGUGGUAAAUUUAGCAGAGGGUACUUACAAUUUUCAAGGGGAAAACUGGAAAUUCUGGUUGGAAAAUCAAAUGGUUUGUGCUAUUCCAUUUGGGAAGCUUUAGAAAAUAUGGGCCCAGAUUUGAGGGGGAGUAAAUUUUUCUGUUCUUUUCAGUCUGUUCAGUUGAUUUGGAUAUUCUACUUUGUGACGGGUCAUUCUCCCACUAUGUCAAGUUUUAUUGUUUUAUGUUUAGGCACAAGAUUUCUACCUGGGUGGUUUGUUUACAUGGUAAGCACCCAGGGUCUUGCACCCAUAUACAGUGUAACCUUUCCUUUGGAACACCUCCGUUCAAGGGAUUCCUUCAUUUAGGGGACACAUAAUUUGGUCCCGGAAAAACACUCUCACAAUCUUUGUAUCUAUUACUUCUAUUGAAGGGACACCUCUGUUCAGGAGGAAGGGACACUUUUUUCUCCUUAAACCUGGGUUUAAUAAUGAUAAUAAUAAUAAUAAUAAUAAUAAUAAUAAUAAUAAUAAUGAUGAUUCGGAGGUGGCACGUCCACAAAGUGGUUCUUCGUCCCCCUGAUUUCUGAUCGAAUUGGAAUUUGGAAAUCUUGGUUUUUGAGGAGAGGGGAAAACCAGAGUCCGCGGAGAAAAACCUCUCGGAGCAAAGGAUAGAACCAACAACAAACUCAACCCACAUAUGGCGUCGACGUCGGGAUUUGAACCCGGGCCACAUUGGUGGGAGGUGAGUGCUCUCACCACUGCGCCAUCCCUUGCUCCCCAAACCUCCAUUCAAGGGACACCUUCCGUUCUCAAAAUGUGACUGAUCACAAAAAGGGUUGACAUGUUUAAGUUCACACUGAUUACAAUUACGAAAACGUUCACUAACUGAACUAUCUCACUUAAAUCGAUGUACUACUGGUGUGAAUUCAACAUAUAUAAUAUUGCAGAGAUAAUUAAGUUAAUGAUCAUUUUUUAUGUUGUCUUUGUUGGUUAAUUAUUAGCAAACCCCAGCCCAGGAUCUAUUUAGUGGACACCUCUAUUCUGGAAACACUUGCCUCACUCUCAAGGGUGUCCCCUGAAUAGAGGUUCCACUGUAUUUAUAUAAUUUAUAUAAAUGGACUGACACAUUUGCAUUAUUAUGCAGUCAAACUUUACAUAAAAACAACCCCUGACUAUGCCAAAAAUUAAUUUUAAAAUAUUUAAGUGUCAAUGAUUUUAGCACUGCAUUACCAAUUAUCAUAAUGUUAUUAUUGAGGUCACUUUUUUUGGUCUCUUACUGAAAACAGGACCACGACUCCUGUGUGGUAAUCUGAGCCACGCGAAGGACUGGCUGGUUGAAAGGCAAAGUCAGUUCCUACAUUUCUCAUUUAUUUUAAGAACCUGAGUGGAGGUGUAAAGGCCAGCUCUAACCCAUGACACUCNUCCCCAAACCUCCAUUCAAGGGACACCUUCCGUUCUCAAAAUGUGACUGAUCACAAAAAGGGUUGACAUGUUUAAGUUCACACUGAUUACAAUUACGAAAACGUUCACUAACUGAACUAUCUCACUUAAAUCGAUGUACUACUGGUGUGAAUUCAACAUAUAUAAUAGUGCAGAGAUAAUUAAGUUAAUGAUCAUUUUUUAUGUUGUCUUUGUUGGUUAAUUAUUAACAAACCCCAGCCUAGGCUCUAUUUAGUGGACACCUCUAUUCAGGAAACACUUGCCUCACUCUCAAGGGUGUCCCCUGAACAGAGGUUCCACUGUAUUUUUAUAUAAUUUAUAUAUAUGGACUGACACAUUUGCAUUAUUAUGUCGUCAAACUUUACAAAAAAGCAACCCCUGACUACGCCAAAAAUUAAUUUUAAAAUAUUUAAGUGGUAAUGAUUUUAGCACUGCAUUACCAAUGAUCAUAAUGUUAUUAUUGAGGUCACUUUUUUUGGUCUCUUACUGAAAACAGGACCACGAGUCCUGUGUGGUAAUCUGAGCCACGCAAAGGACUGGCUGGUUGAAAGACAAAGUCAGUUCCUACAUUUCUCAUUUAUUUUAAGAACCUGAGUGGAGGUGUAAAGGCCAGCUCUAACCCAUGACACUCCACUUUCUGCAGGAUAGCACUCUACUGAUGAGCUAACCCUUCCCUGUUAACAUACUGUACAAGAGUUACACUAAGGGUCUCCAUGCACUGAAAAAAGUAACCUUGGCUAACACGUCUUGUUAUUGGAGGAGAAAUUAUUGUAUAUAUUGCAUGCAAUAAGAGUACAGAUAUACAGUCAAGCCUCCACUAUUGACCACUGUUUUGGUGGACAGUCCAUGCACUGACUCUUGUUUAAACCUCACUACAGCGGCCACCUCUCUACAACAGCCACUUUUGUCUGUCCCUGAGGUGGCCAUUGAGGAGAGGUUCAACAUUACAUACUGUGCAAGUGCUAUGUUGCAACCAAACCAGCCUAAAGUACUGACUUGGUACAUACACAAACAAUAGGUAUCAGAAGUAAGAUUGUAAUAAUAAUACCGGUAAGCACUUUAUUUGAGUGUCAAAUUAUUUAGCACGAAAGUGCUAAUUGGGGACUCUAUAUUAUACAUGGUCAUCCGAGCCACGCGACAGUCCAGCCGCCUGCAGGGUAAAGGAAGUACCUUCAUUUCUCAGUUAUUUUAAGACCCUGAGUAUUGGCCCAGCCCUGUGAAUCGAACCCGCAACCUCCCGCUCUGUAGUCAAGCACUCUACCGACUGAGCUAAUCAUGCCAUGGUUUAUGUAAUGAUGUAUGAGCAGUUGUUUGGCAUCAAAUGAUAAAUGAUCCCAUUUCUAUGGGAAGGCGAUCAGAUAAUAUGUACGUGUCAUAUGAUUGUUUACUUGAGGUUUAAAACUGUAGAAACGUUAAACUGUCACCUCAUAGAGUGUGCACCAAAUUAUAAUGAUUACAGUGGAUUUCAUCUACAUGAUGUAUAGUGCUUUGAAUGGGUAAUGUUGGUAUUUUGGGCUGGUGAUUGCUUAAAUUAAUUUUUUCUUGCAAAAGUGUCCAUUGCACAUAGAGGUUCAACUUUCUUGCAUAAAAAACAAAUUUUUCUAAAUCUAAAAAAGGCAGGUUUGACCAUCCUGUUUGGUUUAAACGUUUCUGUGUGCUGGCUACUUGUUUUCCGAGUCUGAAUAAACAAAGUCUUCAGUAAAUAAAUAUAUUUUUUUAUAAAUUUGUCUUUACUUGAUUAUUAAAUGUAGUGAAAUUUUAUCCAUUCAAAGGUUUUCAAUCUAACCGAAUACUGUAAAUGCAGAUUUGAUUUCAUUUUUUUCAAAUAAUCAGUUCAUUAAGAAAAUCUAUGGGGGUAGACCUGGGUGACAGUAAAAACAGUGUUCUUGCCAGACUAUAGCAUUGUGGCAUUGCCACACUUUUUCAGGACACUAUAAUUAGCCCAGUGCAAAAAAGGGAAACAAAAUAUGUAUUAAAAAACGUUUGUAAUAUAAGCCAAAAUUUAAUUAGUUAUGGUGGCUUUAGAAAACAGCCAUCAUUAUCUAAGACUCAGACCUGUGAAAACUUUCUGUUAACUGUCCCCAUGGCCCACUGUAGCUUCUCUAUCAGUCCUGUAGACCCAGCGUAUGAAAUGCUGGUAAGAACACUGUAAAAAAAUUACACUAUGUGCACUUGGUUGAUCUCAUCUUUGAGAACCUUUUGGCUAUGACCACAAUUUAACCAUUUCAGUGGUCCGGUAUUUUAGAUUAUGUUCACUGGAAGAAAGGUUUACUGUCAAACCAGGAAAACUGUGAUCACCAGAAAAUUUCUGAAAUUGUUAUUGUGUUGCAAGAAAAAAGCCAAUAGGUUGUGUGAAGCUAAACCGCAAGCAAGAACGUUAAUUAGUUUGUGGUUUUGUGGCUAGUUUGUGUGUCCUAAUCUUUGCUUUGAUUGGUUUUAACACAACAAAAAUUCCUGAAAUAUUUCAAGUGUUGACGGUUUUGUGUUUUGCCAGUUUGACAUUUAUGAAUACAACUUUAAGUUUUGCAUUAUUACUUUUUUUCUUAUCAGUUGCCCAGCCAUCUCCAAAAUCUAACCAAACCUCAAGCCAUUCCAUUAAAGAGAUCAAUGGUCAUGCUCACAGACGUAAAGACAGUGAACAAAGUGGUGAGUUCUGUACAUAUAACAUGCAGAUGAACUGCAAAAGUUGUGAUUUUAACUGCAAAAAUCUUCCUUACAUCCAUUUCUUCAUUCUGUGAUUCAAUAUAUGUAACUGAUAUCUAUUCAGUAUUUCAUCUUCACCUUCCCGGGUAUGUGAACCAAUUAUUUAGUGACCAGCUUCCAGUUGGCUUGCAAGCUCAAUAUUAAUUUUAGAGUGCUGCAACUGUCUCGCAGAGGUCACGUUUCCAAUCCCAACAAGCCUUCUUUUUCGCAACUGCAUAAGUGGCCACUUUAACUGCUAAGAUCUUCCUUACAUUUAUGCAGAUGAACUGCUCUCUGUCGUUAGGGGGCAAAUCCAGCCAUUUUUUUCUGUCGGGGAGGAGUUUGAAAUAAAACUCAUCUGAAAUAAAGAGUCACUCAUUACUAUACAAAAGGCAAACUCGCUGGACAUGAUGCCAAAGCUCAGAUCGUCGUCAUUAUCAACAUCAUAGAGAAAGGGGUGGAGGGGAGGGUCCAGAAUCCCUGGGUGUGUCUUCUGAGAAGUGGUUAUAGCCAUCUGGUCUACCUGCCUGCGUCCUUGGGUUAAAAGAACAUGGGGACCGCUCUAGCCGAUUGCUGGACAGGGGAAUUUGAGGCAUGCAUUGAGGUGCACUUGUUGGCGUGUUUGUAAAUAUUUGGACAUUUUUUAACAAAUAAGCGAAUAAUAAAUUAGGAAGCCAAUUUUUUCCUAAAAAUUUUGUAUUCUCGAGAUUAAUCGUCGUUUUAUAUGACCUGCAAGUUUCAAGAUUAUUGAAAAGUUUAAGGGAGUAAAAUAAGGGCCACAAUGCCACAAAAGUUUCGUCUUUUGUAUCUUUCAUCUUUUUUGUUCUUUUAGAGACGUCGUCUGAGCAGAAACGCGGAGAGGAGACAUCACCUUCGGAAGCCAACGGCCAUCUGCCAAACUCUCAUGUUGAAACUCAAAACAAGACGGAUUCCGAAACACUUGACGACAAUGUUGAACGUACACCAGGCGAUGGAAGUGUAGACGAAAGUGCAAUUACAACAAAUGAAGUAUCCAGGCCCGAGAAUAACAAUACUAAACCUGCUCAACAACGGCCCAACGGAGAUGAUGUUCCCACGCACAGCUCAUCUCAGAGCAAAGUUACUGAGGACGAAAUGCCACCAUAUAUUUCUAGCAGUUCAGUGGAUAGCAAUAAUGGUGUUGCUUUGGUAACAAGCGGCGAUGUUGAAAAGGCGGAAGUAAAAAAAGAAACAGAGGCACAGGGCAGCGAUGACGCUGGCGCGGUUGAGAUUAACUCAGCCGAGCACAGGGUUCCCAGCAAAACCAGUUUGGCCGGUGAAGCUGACUCAGUGCCACAUAGGGACACUAGUGAAGUCAGUAGAGAGAUAAUCGCUAGUAGCGAAACUAACGAAAAUAACGCACUCGUCGAGACAGAGACGGCGCCGGGCAAAAGCAACAGUAACGAUAACUUACGUUUGUCAGAUCAAAAUGGUGCUAGCGAAGGCAGCCUGUCUGGCGAGAAGGACGCGGCGUCGCACAGUAAUACCAAUGAAGUCCAAGUUUCAAACAGGGAUACUAGUCAAGUAAGCUUAUCUAGUGAUAAAGACAAAUCUUCUGGACAAGAUCAUGAGCAAAGGAAAGGUAGUAUGACCGUGAGUGAAUUUUUCAAUGCUCCCAGUGAAGCCAGCCUAUCUGACAAUACCAACACGGUAUCACACACUAAUACCAGUGCUGUCCAAGACUCAAAUAAGGAUGCUAGUCAAGUGAGCUUAUCUAGCAAUAAAGAGACAUCUUCUGGACAAGAUCAUGACCAAAGGAAAGUUAGUAUGACCGUGAGUGAAUUUUUCACGGCUCCCAGUGAAGCUAGCCUAUCUGACAAUGCGAACACGGUAUCACAGAGUAAUAACAAUGCUGUCCAAGAUUCGAACAGGGAUACUAGUCAAGUGAGCUCAUCUAGUACCAAAGGCGUGGCUUCUGGACAAGAUGAGAGCCAAAGGAAGGCCAGUAUGACAGUGAGUGAGUUUUUCGGUGCACCUUCUGACGCUGAGCUUCAUUUGUCUAACCAAAGUCUUGGCUCUUCACAGCAAAAUGCUUUACCAGCUACUACAGAAACCGAGCACCCAGAUGAACCAAACAAAAUCGUCAAGGAGGAAACUGUCAGUGAAAAAGACACAUUAGCAGAUAAAACUAUUGAAAUUGCAGAGAGCGCGGAUCCCUUCUCAACAAGGCGAGAUUCGUCAAUGAGCACGGAUACAGACCCAGAUAGAAUUUGUACAGUGACUGCCAACGUUAAAAUAGGUUGUAUAGAACAUCUUUCAGGCCACAAAACUGUCACCUUAACGGGGUCAGUGUACCGUUUACCUAGAGAAGAUGAUUCAACCACGCCCAAACCCGGCGAUAAAAUUGGCAUCGUUAAAGGGGAUGUUACCUCUUCACCUGCUGACAAUGAAACGAGCGAAAAACUGGCUAUUCUACGCGGUGACCUCUUCGCCGUUUCGGGUGAGGCAGCUGCAAAUGGACUCAUUGCUACAGCCUCAAUCGAUGUCUUAUCUUGUAGUUUAAGGGAAAAACUAGCCACCAUUACAGCGGACGUUGCACCAAGCGACGACCCGGAACACCAGUCUGGUGUCAUAUCGGGUGAGGUUCUCGCCGCGUCCGAACGCGGCUCCUAUGAUGAUAAAAUUGGAAGUCUGUCUGGAAAAGUGGUUGCUUUGACAUUUGGCGAGGGUGUCACUUCUCUUGCCAAUGCGAACAGCUGAUAACUUUCAAUUUGCAUCCAUAUAAUUGCUUAUAUUUUAGGAUAAAUGAAUUUGGAAACCGAUCGCUAGGUAAGCGUCAUAUAAAUUUUUAACUUAUUUGGACUUAUCAUAAUAAUUAAGAUACCAUCGUCUGGGCUUUAAGCUACAAACUCCACUGCUGAUGUCUAAACAUGACUGUAAAACCCAGUGAAUUUGCAGCUUUUUUAGUGAAAGACAUGAAAACAUUCGACUACCACAAUUGCGUGGAAACUAAAGUUUGAAAGUUUUUGUCUUCCUAGAAGCCUUUAUUUAAAAACGUACAAUGUGUCGCAACACUGAAAUCAUUUCAGAUGGUCCCGCUCUUAUAAAUGAUUUAUGUUUGUAGAAUGCGGAGUGUGAUGCAAAUUAAUUUUGUUUUAUAACAUAGCCAGCGCGCGUGUCAUGUUAUCGUUCUUAACAGUCUGUGUUCACCCUGGGUGAUCAAAUACGAUACUUGCCGGGUGGUAAUGUGAAACCAUCAAUUUCUCAAGUACAGAACUGGCCCGUGCGCCAGCUCCACCUUGUACUAAGGCACCGAUUCCCCGUAUGCACGCUUUUUCUUUUAGUUCAAAAUAAAAUCCGCAUCAUCUUAUUUCGGGUAUUAGCCUGCGUAGCAGGCGCUUGGAAGUAAAGAAAGAACAGGGUGCGCGAGGGAUACACGCGUGUCUCUCGCGCGCCUAAAUACUUCCAAGCGCCUGUUAAGCAGGGUAUUCGGGUACCCAUUGUUUGAAUACAGUACCAUUUUGUCGCGAUGACAGGCACUAGCUCUCGGGCACGAAAAGUGAACGAGGUCUUAAAUUAGUGUACAUUGCGUGGUUUAAAAUAAAUCAGACUAUACAAUUGAAGUUGUGUAUCGUGGCAUAUUUGAAGACUCCGCCUCUCGGACGGCGAGAUGGUAUUAUGAUAUUUAAAGAUUACUCGGGCUAUGUAUUUUUGUUUGAAUUUUUGACUCUAGCUUAUUUAGCAGGCGCAAAAGAGGUACACGAGAUUAGCAAUUUGUUCUAGGGCGGAGGACAUGCAAGGGUCUUUCUUCAUCGCGUCAUCGCACUUAUUUUUCGCCCUUUUAUUUCUCACACGCCUGCUACUCAGGCUGUUUUGAACACUGAAUUGUACAUACGACAAGGAACUGAUCUUACUCAUGAAUUUGGGGUACCUUUAAUUUGGUGUCUGCAAACAUUUUCUGAAGACAACAAAUUUCUCGAUAUAACAUUGUCCCAUUGUCAGUUUCCUCAAAUUUCCAUUAAGUUUCCUCGGCUUAACCCGAGUCUAACCGCAACUACGAACUGUCAUUCUAACUUUUCAUUACAACUUAUUAGUGAAGAUUUUGUUUCAAGAUCUAUCAAACUAUAAACAACUAAUAACGCGGUUGGUCUUGAUUAAAUCAAUGCACGUCUCCCAAAAGACGUCUCAGAUGUUAUCACUCCUUCUUUAACAGCUCUGAUUAAUUUAGCUCUUCAAACAAGAUCUUUUCGAUCUAUACUGAAAACGGCAAAGGUUUUACCCUUGUCCAAAAAGGGCGAUAAACAGGAUGCUUCUAAUUACAGGCCGAUCUCUGUUUUGCGACCUUAAGCAAAACCUUAGAGAAGGCGGUUCAUACUGAGCUAUAUGCCUACCUAACUGGAAAUAAUUUAAUUUCACCGAACCAGUUUGGGUUUAGAUUGAAGUCAUCUACUGUUAGUGCCGCUUCUCGGCUUUCUGAACAAAUCCUUUACUCCUUGGACAUUGGUUGCUUGACUGGUGCUGUGUUCUUGGACCUCGCUAAAAGCGUUUGACACCGUUAAUCAUACAAUAUUGCUUUAGAAGCUUUCAAGUCUUGGUGUAGAUGAUACUGCCAGAGCCUGGGUUACCUCAUUUUUAACGGAAUAGGAAACAAGUAGUGAACAACUGUAAUGACGCAUGCUCUGAAAUUGCCCCUGUUUCGAUCGGCGUUGUGCAAGGUUCUAUAUUAGGGCCAUUAUUAUUCAUUAUUUACAUGAAUGAUCUACCAGAUGUUUUGCAGUUCUACCAAGUCACUUUAUAUGCGGAUGAUACUGUUCUAUACCUUUCCUCUAAAUCUGCUGGGGACUUCCAACGCAAGAUUAAUGCUGACUUAGGGCGUACGGUAUUUAUUCGAUUAACGGCCCUAGGCGCGCUCAUUAAAUUUUUGGACCUUGAGAGCGGGCACUUAUUCGGGGCUGGGCGCUUAUUAAGUUUUCACCAUUUUGAGCAAGUGUAGUAUGUCUAUUUUGCAACAAAACAUUAAAUGGUAAUAACGAAACGCGAAGAUGUAACAAAGCACGGUUUCUUUAAACUAGCCCUCCUCUGAAGAAAACUCUGUCUUCGCGGAAGUCUCUUUAUGUUGGUACUUAUUCAAUUUCAGUCUCAUUGCCAUCCAAGUGGGUGGGGUGGGGGUGGGCGCUUAUUCGAGGCUAGGUGCUUAUUAACUUUUUCUGCCUUUAGGAUGGGCGCUUAUUCUCAGUCUGGUGUCAUAUCGGGUGAGGUUCUCGCCGCGUCCGAACGCGGCUCCUAUGAUGAUAAAAUUGGAAGUCUGUCUGGAAAAGUGGUUGCUUUGACAUUUGGCGAGGGUGUCACUUCUCUUGCCAAUGCUAAUAGCUGAUAACUUUCAAUUUCCAUCUAUAUAAUUGCUUAUAUUUUAAGAUAAAUGAAUUUGGAAACCGAUCACUAAGUAAGCGUCGUAUAAAUUUUAACUUAGUUGGACUUAUUAUAAUAAUUAAGAUACUAUCGUCUCGGCUUUAAGCUACGAAUUCCACUGCUGCUGUCUAAACAUGACUGUAAAACCCAGUGAAUUUGUAGCUUUUUUAGUAAAAGACAUGAAAACAUUUGACACACUGAGCGUUUUACGCCAUUUUUUUGGAUUACCACAAUUGCGUGGAAACUAAAGUUUGAAAUUUUUGUCUUCCUAGAAGCCUUUAUUUAAAAACGCAUAAUGUGUCGCAACACUGAAAUCAUUUCAGAUGGUCCCGCUCUUAUCUCUCAGUGGAUUUAUGUUUGUAGAAUGCGGAGUGUGAUGCAAAUUUGUUUUAUAACAUAGCCAGCGCGCGUGUCAUGUUAUUUUUCUGAACAGUCUGUGUUCACCCUGGGUGAUCAAGUACGAUACUUGCCAGGUAGUAAUGUGAAACCAUCAAUUUCUCAAGUACAGAACUGGGCCGUGCGCCAGCUCGACCUUGUACUUAGGCACCGAUUCCCCGUAUGCACGCUUUUUCUUUUAAUUCAAAAUAAAAUCCGCAUCAUCUUAUUUCGGGUAUUAGCCUGCGUAGCA